AAAACACUUCCUGUCCGCACUCGACAACACAAGUUCUCGAGCGCCCCCCGUCAACGAUGUAUCUCUGACUUCCGUUUCUCCAGUUUUCCUCCUUUUUUUUCGUUUCUUCAAUUUUGUUUACCAAAUUUUCGAGCUCGUGGGAAAAGUGAACCCCAGGAUGUCGGGGAACCCGGAAGUGGACCAGUUCAAGUCGAACCUAGUCGUGAGGAUAGACCAGGACUCUGACUCUGAGCUCCAGGCCCUCUUCGACUCGGUCCUGAAGCCGGACUCGAAACGUCCGCUCCAGGUGCCGCUCAGAAUGCGGAAUCUGCCCAACAGUUUCUUCAACCCGCCCUCGACCGGCUCCAAGUCGCCGUCCGUCUCCUCGAUAUCGCAUUCGAGGGAGAAUUCGGCCGAUUCCGCCUUCGGCACCAAAACGACGACCGUGUCCCUCCAGGUGAACCACCCCCGGGCCCACAGCUCACCCGCAUCCCUCCAACAGACGUACGCCUCCGCCCAGCAGCAGACGCCUCAACAUCUUAAGCAGAGGUCCUACGACAUGACCGCCUUGGACGAACUCGGCCCUCUUCCGCCCGGCUGGGAACAAGCGAGAACUUCAGAAGGACAGAUCUACUUCUUAAAUCAUAUCACACAAACGACGACAUGGGAAGAUCCGAGAAAAACAGCAGCGGCCCAGCAGCAGAGGAGUCAAGAAAUGCUGAACACAGUACCGACAUCACCGCACCCUCCUACCUCGCCUCAACCGCACCAAAGUAAGAACGGAGGUGUUUCAUCGCCUGCUGGUUCUGCAACACUCGGGCCAUUGCCAGAUGGAUGGGAACAGGCGUCGACCGCUGAAGGGGAAGUUUAUUUCAUAAACCACCAGACCAAGACUACUUCAUGGUUUGACCCACGUAUACCCGUUCACCUCCAAAGAGCUCCGACAGCAGCGGGAACCCUUCCAGGCUGGCUGCAGCCGCUCACCCAGUCACAAAACCUACAAGCGGCCACACAGCAGAAGCUCAGAUUACAAUCUUUACAAAUGGAAAGAGAAAGAUUGAAAUUGAGGCAACAAGAGAUCAUGAGACAGCAAGAACUGAUGCUUAGAGAUGCACCUGCUACUACAGGACUUGACCCUUUUCUUUCUGGCCUUGCUGAUCAUUCGAGACAAGAGUCUGCUGACAGUGGACUGGGUCUCGGAAAUAGCUACUCUCUACCUCAUACACCAGAUGACUUCCUGUCUUCCAUGGAUGACAACAUGGAUGGCGUAUCAGAAGGAGGAACUGGCGCAGAGAUUGCAUCGUUAGAUUCACAUGAAAUUACUUCUCUAAGCGAUAACAUUGAUUCUACCGAUGAUCUUGUACCCUCCCUUCAGCUGGGCGAAGAGUUCACAAGUGAUAUACUCGAUGAUGUACAAGCACUUAUAAACCCAAACAGCAAACCUGGGAACAGCCUCACCUGGCUCUAAAACCCCAACAAAGACUUAAAAGUGUUUUAAAAUAAUAAAAUAUAUGAUGAAUUUUAUUAAUAUAUGAAAUAUAUAAUUUAAAAAAGUAAGUUAAUGUAUCGCCGUCCGUGAAAACUUAAAAAAUGUCCAAGCGGCAUUUCACUACUUAAUUCAAUGGAUAGGUUGUAGGUAGAGUUGAUUUAUACCAUUUUUGACUAGUAAUUUUUAAAACAUGGUGUAAUAUUUUUUUAAACAAUGGAUUUUUAACUUCAAAGGGAUAUAAAAGCAAUAAUUAUCUCCGUCCUAAAUAUAUUUGAAAAAUUGUCAAAAUUGUUAUUUGUGCCAGUGCUCUCAUUAGUUAUUUGUUUUAAAUAACUAGCCAUUUAUGUGGUGAGCCAUAUUUUAUUUAUUAUUUAUGGUUUCUUUUUUUUAGGGGGGGGGUCAUCUUUUUAUUAUUUGCUCAAACCAUUAUAUAUCCGUAAUGGAGUGGUUAAGAUGCAAAUUUAUAAACCAUAUAUAAAAUUUUGGUCUAAAACUGUUACAAUAACUUUGAAGUGCCAUUUUAAUCGCUAAGUUUUUGUAAACUUUAAGGAGAUUUUUGCCUUUAAACAUUUAUAUCGUAUGUAAUUGUGAAAUUAAAAAUUCAGUAGAUGAUAUUCUGUAUGGCUUAUUUUCAAACUUAAUUACAACUAAUUUUUACACUAUAUUUAAUUGUUCAAUCUGUCUACUGAAUUUUUU